CUGCACGAUAUUGAAAGUCGAGCAGGAAUCAGAGGAACCAAAGGGUCAGUGAAUCAUCACCUCAAGUCAGCCUCACCCAUUUUUACCUUUCGUCUCUCCUUAUACCCUCGCAAAAUACCGCAUACUAUGACUUCACAGCCCCUACCUUACCGCAACUUCCAUGAGCGCGAAUAUUUUGGGGAGGAAGAGCCCGGCCGGAUCCCCAUGACUCUGAUUGAUAGUGACGGCACUGUCCUCUACGAAACCGAAUAUGGGUCUCUCUUAAGAACAAUCAUUCGUCGGAAUGACGAUACUCUCCUACGUCAAUAUGUGGAAAAGUAUCCUCUCCUUCUGAGUCCUAUAGAUGGACCACCGGAAGGGGGAGAUGUGUUUUGGAUUGCUGCCCACAGCGGGAGUGCCGAUGCCCUUCGGAUUCUCCUGGAGCAUUACCCUUCUUGUUUUACGCAGGUACCAUCUCCUCACGACCGGGGCUUCUUGCUGCUCAACGUCGCAUCCUACUCUGCCUGCCCCAAUGUCGUACGGUUCCUCCUCGACAACCAACCGUCAUAUGCGGACAUUCACGCAAGAGACGGCGCUGAUUACACCGCACUAACCGCGGCCGCAUCUCUGUGUGGCGACGGGAGGCUUCAGUUUACAGCUUGGGAGCGAGAACGCCUCGAUAGGAGUGGCGAGGUGAUGCAUCUGCUGCUUGACAGAGGUGCAUGUCCUCGCGAUGUCGUCUCUACUCGCUGGUUCCUGUGCGAACCCAAAUCGGAAGAGCCAUGCGAGACUGUACUCACCUUGACCAUUCGCUGGGCUCGUCCUGAGCUAAUCAAAAGACUCAUCGAGGGAGGAGCCGACAUUCAUUUGAAGACAACACCAAAGCAUAGUGUUGACAUGUAUCCCAAUCCAGAGGACGAAGUUGAGGGUGUCACGGCAGUUUUUGUCGGUAGCCUUUAUGCUAAUUCCAAUGGGAUCAAAGUCCUCUUUGAUCAACGAAGCAGCGACGUUGACGCUGCAGAUAUGGUAUCCCAACCCGACAGUUCGGGACGCCUGCCUCUACACUGGGCCGCAACAAACCCCAUGUUUGAAGUUACCAUCGUCACGGAUCAUGUUCAGCGAAUCGUUGAAACUAUUGAGCUCCUCCUGGUGACGAAUCCUAAAGUGAUUAACGUCCAAGACAAUGAAGGGAACACGCCUUUGCAUUACGCCGCCGAGAAGUAUGGCGAUCAGGGUCAGGAGUUCACAAAGAUCUUGAAAGCUCUAUGUGACAAAGGCGCAGAUGCAAGUUUGCGAAACAACCGGGGAGAAACACCGCUGCAUAGCCUAUGUUCUCGACCUCACAACCGGAAGCCCCUUGAUGCAGCUGCUAUAGCCUUGAUGUUGGAGCAUGGUGCAAGAACGACUGAUACCGGUAAAGCUGGAAACACCGCUUUGCAUUAUGCGGCAAUGCAUUUGCACAAUCUUGAGGCCGUAGAGUUUCUUCUGGGCCAUGGGAAUGCAGCUGAUUAUUGGCUGAAGAAUGAAAAAGGAAACACACCUCUCCACGAAGCUGGGAAAGGAAGAAUCAUACUACCAGGGUAUGAGAUUAGAGCAGACGAGAUGAAUAGGGCACAGGAUCGAAUGAUGCAGAUUCUAGAGAAGACUGGAAGUGUUGAGGCUAUGGAUCUGCCCAAUUUCAAAGGGGAAACACCUCGAAAAAUCCGCGAGAACAAUAGGAAUCAUUUGAUUAAGCUAGAAGAGGAAAUGGUGGCAAGAAGAAAUGGCACUUUUGGUAGAGGCAGGGGCUGGGGGACGGGUAGGGGCUUUGGCAGAGGUAGACCGGAGUAGAAGGCGAACAUUCCAAUGGUUAGAUUAGUCAGUUUAUCUUGGACACCGAAUAUUUAGGGGACUAGCCUUUAUUUCAUUCCACAAGCAAGGGCAUCAGAGGCAAGCGACGGAGGCCGGAAACCUGAUCAAGUAAUCGUGGCCCCGGAAAAGCAUGUCAAGCGUCGCAGCGCAAGGUAGUUGGAUGAUUCUGCGUC